AUGGAGGAGGGCAAUAGAAAUUUCAGUGCUGGUGAUGCGAGAAACAAUAUGGGACGGCUGAGUACAAUUCAAAAUACUCUUUUCACACGUCCUCCCGAUAACUUCAACAAGACAGGUAAAUCGGGUACACCAACUCAACUGGUGGCAAAUUUUGUAAGGAUUGAGCAAUGUCCUGAACUGGUUGUGUGGCAGUACCAUGUUGAAUUCAAUCCGGUGAUCGAUUCGAAGAAUUUUCGUCAUGCUAUUCUUAAACAAAAAAGCAUUCAAGAUGAAAUUGGCACUGCUUUCAUCUUUGACGGCAUGAUUUUGUAUCUGGUUAGCAGUAUCAAUUAUCAGGGAGAAUACUCUGCCGUCCAUCCAGUCAGCAAUGAACCUGUGACUGUUUCUCUCAAAGCGUCUGUUCGAUUUAGUCAGAAUGACUCGCAAACUAUUAACUGCUACAACAUCAUUAUUCGCAGUUGCCUCGACAUGGUUGGAUUAAAACGCUUGGGACGAAAUCACUUCAAUGAGAAGGAGAAGAGUAGGCUCCGAGACUACAAUAUGGAAGUGUGGCCAGGAUUUGAGACAGCCGUACGCCAAUACGAAGACCAGCUGAUGCUUUGUAUCGAAAAUCGUUUUAAAAUGAUCCGUACGGAAUCAGUGUGGGACGUGGUGAGUUUGCGAGAAUUGUGGUGCUGUCUGCCGAAAAAGUUCAUGGACUAG